GUUUCUCUAAUUUCACGGCGUACUGCGAGAACUGGACUCGGGCUGUCUGCAGAGCUAGUUUCAACUAUCCACAAUACUUUGAGAAGUAUUCGAACAUCACCGAUGCCGUUUGUUUGAAAAGACGCAGAAUUGUGAGUAUAUGUAUACAUAUAUGUUGUCACUUUAUGAGACUAAACUUAGUUGAAUAUGCCGGUUAUACUAUACCUCAAAACUACUUUGGGGGUUUAAAUGACCCGAAAUCUCACAUCGAAGCGAUUUAAGUCCGUCUUCCUAAAAGUUCACUCGCUUUUGCGCUGUCUUCGCCUAGAUUACAGCCACAGUUGGCGAAGUUUUGCAUAGUUUAAUGUAUUCUAAUGUGCAAUGCUUACUUAUACGAAAGUAAUAUUUGAGAAGCUGCCAGCCAACAUACUGUGCAGCAUGAAAUUCAGUUUAAACUCGGCAAAAAAACACCAAACUAACUUCCCCUUUACUUGAACUAUGUGCUCUGAAGCGGAGUUUCAUAACUUCUUCGAAAGUUGUGUGAAAAUUACGACGAACAGUGUCGAACACCGCAGACACACGGAAAUAUCAUAAAGAUAGUUAUUUAUUGUUCAGAACUAGACAAAGAAUAGAUCAUUGUUGGACACGGAGUAAACUAUAAACUUUCCAAGUAACAAUCGCCGCAACCUAGUUUUAGAACCGUGCAUCCUCUUCGGCUAUCUGCCGUUCAAUCAAAGCGUGCUCCCUCAGAGCGCCGGUCUUUGGCCAGAGGUGACUUGUUGGCUCGCUGUGUGCAUUUUUUUUCAAAACUUUUCUAAUUAAAAUUCAAAAAGCUAUUUUGAAUAGAUCUGAAGAUGAUGAAUCAAUUAAUUCCGCUUCGAAUAUGCAAUAACUUUUCAAAACUUGUCAGGAAGAUGUUCAUACUCGAGAUAGCAACGCAUUUGGGACUUUUUACGAAAAAUUAUGAAAUCCCGAAUCCAAAGAUUAAUUUGUUGUCGUUUUAAUAUAGGUAUGCAGUCAAGACAUAUUGAAUUACCUCUAUAGCCUAAAAGUUUGAAAAAUCAUCGUUGGUCUGUGGUUACUUGGAUUUCUAAGCGUAUACGCGUUUUAAAAUGAAGAGACGUUACGAAUUGAAUAGUUUGGUGUGUUUCGAGGUAAGUUUAGAAAGAAGAAUGAGUAAUUUUGCGGCGGCCUGGAGUUCGUUUUGAUUGUAAUCGUAUCGGUUUUGCUGGGGCCUCUCAGUAAUAGCUUGACCUCAUAGUGAGUUGGGAAUUGUUUUCAUACAUGCCUUACACAAGCAGAUUUGAAGUCAACUUCAGUACUUUACACCUAGAAAACUCUUUAAACUUAACCGCAAAGGCACUUAGGAUAUUCACAAGUAUUCACCAAAUGAAUUUGUAAAGUUUUAGCGCAAAAGAUGUACGCCAAAAGGGAAAUUUUCUAAACAUACGACCGAAUUCUUUGCGACAAAGCCCGUAGGCGAUUUGCAUAUAUGACUCCAGCUGAAAGUUGAUAUCUCAACUAUAUUAUUAUAAACUCACAGCAAUGAAAUUAAACGUUGCUAUAUUGAGGUUCGGGUAUUCGUAUUUGUGUUUGCCCAUAUCGUAUAGAAAAGCAUCAAAUUUUUCGCGCCAAACAGCGCAGGUAAAAGAACCCAAAACUUUUAUAUAUGCAGAUAAUUUACAAGUUGUUUGCUUUUCAUAUAUCUACAUGUCAUCUUUAGUGUUGCAUAUUAAAAUAUUAUUUAGAACAAAAACUUUUCGGCGAAAUUGAAGAAAUGCAAUUCACACACUAUAUAUUAGCAAAACAAAUACUAUAAUGCUAGGUAUAGAAUUGAGUCGAAAUAUUUGUUUUUCGUGUCAAGUUUUGCGAGAAAGUUUUUGCAAAGUUUUCCCCGGCUUACAUCGGAAGGUAGACAGGAAACCCAAGGACUUCCGACUUCUUAGAGCUUGGACACACAAAAGCCUAAAUUUCAACUAUAUUUGUUAUAUUCGCUUACACGUCAAUUUUUCAAUCCAAUAUGUCUUGUGCUGUUGUCGCCAUUGCAUUUUUUAAAGUUCAAUUUACACUCAAAAUGUUCUAUUAAUUGAACUGAAAGAUAUAAUCGUUUGAUCAAUACAGAACGUCAGAAGCGAAAAGCGAAAAGUCAGAGUUAAUUACAGCGCUAAAGUUCGAACUAAAAGCACUAUAAUCUAUAUGUUGUAUUUCAUGAUGACCGCGCGAGCUUAUCUGAGUUUAAUCAGCGUACUAUAUGUGAAUAGGACACGCCAUCUAAUAAUUUGCUAUCACGGGCAAUAUUUAUCCAUAUAUACCUAACGUGCCAUAUGGGAGGCAUUUGGCCGGGGACUAUUAUUUCAUAUUUAACAGCAGGCAUUAGCAAACAGAGAGGGCAAUAAAUCUCGCUCAUUCGUUUUUGGACUAUACGCUCUAUACAGUAAUUAAAUACCAGAAUAAAAUGUAUAUUAUACGAGUACUCUUAUAGAAAUGUGUGCAAAUGGUAACUAUGGACUUAUAUAGAAAAAGCUGUAAAUUAAAUUGCUUGUUUGGAGAUAACCCGUGCCAAUUGCAGACUGAAAGGUCAUAUGUGUAGGCUACUCGAAUAAAAACAAAGGUUACUAGUUAUACUAAAACAAAUCUAAUUUACCUGAAAGAGAUGGCUUUUCUGAAAAUUGUACUAUAAAGUCUAAAUACAUACGACUAAGGUUUUAAGAGUAAUUUGCUGGAUUUCUAUUAUUGAUAUUUCAAGCCCACUAUAUCAACUAGAUUUAUACGGUAGCAUAUCCAUGUUUGUUUAAUUAAACCUUAGUAUUGAUCAUGGUAUGAUUAGGAAUGCAAAUGCAAUGAAUUCUAACUACACAGUCACAGGAUUUUCCAAAUAAAAUUCAAAACACGUUUCAAUGUACUUUGGUGAAUUUAUACACGAGAUAGUUUCAACAUUAGAGAGGUUAUAUGUGACCAUGUUUGUUUAAUUAAGAUUUUUCAAUGGUGUUGCAUGAUGAUGUUAGGAAUGCACAGACCAUACAUGGUAUUAAAUGAAACAACAUAUCCAGAAACGAUUCGCAAAGGUUAAGCAGUUCACCCUAGUGUUAUAUCUUGUCUUUUCGAGGGUGUCAAUUUAUGCGAACUGGCAAAACAAAGAAGAGAAUGUGGGCAUAUCCAGAGAUACGUCAAGUAGCUUAACCCUUUAAGUUGCAAUGUGUCAUUAUGUUUUUCCAUUUUUUUUUCAACUCUAAUGCUGGCAGAUCUAUGAUUUUAUUUGUCAAGAGGAAAUGGAGAUAAACCAGAUGUCAAGCAGUGCCUAUAUCUGAUUCCAUGAUUUAUGAUGGUAGAAUAACAACUAGUACACUUAUGACCAAGUUCAAUUUUAAAAAUCUCAAUCCAAUGCUGAUCCUAAUCCUACCUCAAUCCAAACCCCUUAGUCCUUGCCCAAUCCUAAUCUGUAUGACAUCAGCGCUUGUGGUGUCAUGCUCACCAUGCUUUGCGGUUUGCCUUCCAAGCUGGGAGAUCCGGGUUCAUUAAUCCUCGGUCGGACCUAUACUCAAGGACUUAAUUAAAUAGUUGAGGAGAAAGUACUACCUUCACACUGACAUCAGUAGAUGGUUAGACUUCCGCAUCUUCUCAGAUAGGUACCUCGGAUCCCCUACAUUUGGGCAAUAUAGCCUGUUGGGAAAUCCGCUCACCAAUGAACAUAUGGACGUCAUCCAAAACGAUUUGCAAAGAACAAAAGCACCUACCUAAUUUUUUUAUGAAGUUUUUUCUCCACUCCAGAAAGAUUUAACGCCUCUGUGUUUCACUUAAAUUUUUUCUAGAAGAUAAAUAUUGGAUGUUGUUAGUGUUGGUAGUUAGGGUCUACCCAAUUGGCUCUCUUAUCCGCCCCAUGCUGUUAUUUUAUUAUGCCGGAAAGCUAUGGAUUAAGAGAGAUAGGAAGGCCCUUGCUCAUAGGGAAGUUAGUGAUUGGAAAUUUUACUUUUAAAACCUCAACACGCAACACUUUCCUCCUGAUGAGUAAAUCAUAUCUGUCGUUAGACAGAGUAAAAUAACAAAGUAGGGCAAAUUGCGGCUUAAUAGGUUUCUUUAGAACAAACAUUGUCCUUGAACAUUGUACUUGGAGCAAACAAUUCUAUGACUGAAGAGUUUUGGUGUUAAUUUAAUCAUGACACAGGAGAAUCGAGACAGGGUCUAUCACCUUAGAGAUGGUUAAUCUGUCUACAUUAACCCAUCUAGGAAUUGAUUCCUGGUCAAACGCUGACCAGUGGUUUUAAUCACCACCUCUCAUCAACUUUGAACUGGUUUAAAUUUUCAUGGGAUUUGAUGAGACUUGACGAGAGUUUUUGCUCAUUUGACCGGUACUUUCCAAUCAACUCUUUUUUUAUGAUAUUAGUAUUUUACGAUAGUAGUAACAUAUAUAUAGUGUAUAUCCAAAAUUAUUGAUUUUGGGCUAAGGAUAGAAACCUGUAGAGGCUUUUGGAUUUAGAGUCUUUUAGACCCCAACUUUUAUGAAUUCUCAUGCAACUCUUGUUCUCGUUUUGACUGAGACAGGAAAUUUGAGAAAACUCUCAUGCAAACUCUUGCUUGCCAACGCUCGUCAACUCUCAUGCAACUCUUGUUCUCGUCUGACCGGCGAAUGAGAAUUGAGAAAACUCUCAUGCAAACUCUCGUCCUCGCUUGACAAAGGCAUUGUAUAAACAUUUCAUUCUUCCGCCCAGACUUAGAACGUAAUGUAAACAGACAAAUUUAGUUCCCAGAUCAAGACCAAUUCUGAGAGCUGGAGUAAUUAAGGUUACACACAAGUGUAUAUUUCCUGUCCAUGUUACAUAGCUUGUCUCAAAAAAACGAUACUUUCAAAGAAUAAAUAUUGAAUACAUGCGGCAACAUGACAGAGGGGCACCAUAUACGCUUUCGAUAGAUCUAUUGAUUUACAUAGAAGAAAAAUAACCCAACCAUACACUGCCCAAAUAGAAUCACUCAACUAUAAGAGAUUCCCCCUUAGAGAGCUCUGUCACUAUACUAGAUAAAAACAAAGAUUAAAAUAGUAGAUGGCAUCUAUUUCUGUAAUUUUGUGUUAUUAACUUCUUUGUACAAUAUGCCCUUGAGGUCUGUAAGAAAUGCAUGGCUGAAUAUGUGUAUUCAAAGACACUUUAUGUAAUGUAGCGGUAUGUACCUAUCGAGCAUAAUUUAUUUGGCUGCAGUUUUCGGUGAAGUUCCGUUUCCUCGACUUGUAAAAAGUGCUUUGCAGCAGAAAACACAAAGUUAUUUAAAACCUGCCAUUUUUGGCAUCACAAUCCUGCUUAACGUCAACACUUGACGGUUUCAACUGAUUAAUGUUUGACCUAGAGGACCCUUGAUGUGUUGAUUUGAAUUGUCUGGUGUAAUAUUACACUUGCACUAUUUGUUUUAGAACUCAAGCAAUAUUCGGAUGCCAUAGACAGCUAUCCCAGGGGGGAGGGGCUAAGCCUUAAAAAUAUUGAAUAUUCAUUAUUCUAAACAUUGGUGUACAUUUUGAAACACUGUUGAUUCUACAAGUGAAAUCGUCCCCCGGAACAUAUAACAAAAAGCUAUUUCAAAGGCUAUAUUACCCCCAUCAAAGCAAACUUCCACUCUCUGUACCCCUGUCAAGUUAGGAAAUGCUAUUAUAUCAGGGGGGGCUGCCUCAACCCCUUUUUACAUAUGUUAUAUAUACUCAGUAUGCAAACAAUUUAAUUCACAUAAUAAGCAAUAAAUAUAAAAUGACAAUUAAAAUAAAAAGCUGUACUUUAACAAUUAAAACAUUAAUUUCAUUUUAGUCCUUAUUUUUUUCAUAACAUUUCGACAAUUUGGCCGCCAUUUUGAUUUCUAGCCUAUAGGCAUUUAAAUAUUUUUAUUUUGAAAACAACCAAGUAUUAAAACCAAAAUUGAAUUAAAAAUAGUGAAAUAAUAAACAAACAAUUCUACAAGUUUACAAGGCCAGUCAAACAAUGUUUUCACUUGUUAAAACGGGGGCAAACAGUUCCUUCAUAUAUUUUGACUGGUAUGGUAGUGUAUAAAGGGGGAGCAUCCAUACCAUACUCAACUUGCCACGAGAAACGUCAACUUGCCACGAGAAACGUCAAUUUGACGUUCCUUUUUCAUACCCACCCACCCACCCUAGAAACGUCAAUCCGUGGCAAGAAGAAAACAAGUGUGAAUACUCAAAAAUACUUGCAUUAACAAACAUAACAAAAUAAAUCUAAAGCCUUGAUUUACCGUCUGGCGAAGUAAGAAAGUUUGUUUGUUUAAUAGUUAUAUAUUUUCAUUGACUUUGUGUUUUUAAAGUAUGUUAUUACAAAUAGAAUUUUAUAUUGUACAAAAGAAUUUUAUAUAUUUAUACUUUUAUACCACAGGCAAAACGUCAAAGAAAAUAACCCCACACACCCACAAACGUCAAAUUGACGUAAUUUCUCGUGGCAAGUUGAGUAUGGAUGCUCCCCCUAAAGACCUAUCUGCAUCUUGUAAAAAACUGCCUUUUACCUUAUCUAGUCGCCAUUUUUUAACAUCUUCGAUGAUCACAGCAUGCUUCAAACUUUUUUUAUAAAACAACUUUAUUAAAAAAAGCUAAAAGCGAAGCAAAAUCUUUCACCUUUGACCAUUUUAUACCAUUUUCUCGGCUCGUUCUGACACAAAGUAGCUCAAUGUUCCAAUAGCCAAUCAGAAAGCAGGAUUUGACCGCAGUACAAGAAAUUGCAAAAUAAAUUAUUUUUUAACAACUUUUUACGGGUUUGUUUCGAGUAAUAUUGCGCAAAUUUAAAUUUUAUGCUUUCAGUAUAAAAGAUAUUGUAAUGACUUUUUACAAAUAGCUGUGUUUAUCAAAACGAACUCUUUGUUUAUACUGGAUAGUUCUAUCAGUUCUAAACUGUUCUCCCUAGAGGUCCAGUAAGGAAAAAUCCUAAACUAACUUUAUUUACACUUGAUAGUUCUAUCAGUUCUAAACUGUUCUCCCUAGAGCUCCAGUAAGAGUCAUCUCUUAUUGAUCCAGUGUUACUACAGGAGGAAACCUAAACUAAACUAACUUUAUAUUUAUACUAGAUAGCUUUAUCAGUUCUAAACUGUUCUCCCUUGAGGUCCAGUAAGAGUCAUCUCUUAUUGAUCCAGUGUUACUACAGGAGAAAACCUAAACUAAACUAACUUUAUUUAUACUGGAUAGCUCUAUCAGUUCUAAACUGUUCUUCCUAGAGGUCCAGUAAGGAUCAUCUCUUAUUGAUCCAGUGUUACUACAGGAGGAAACCUAAACUAAACUAACUUUAUUUAUACUGGAUAGUUCUAUCGGUUCUAAACUGUUCUUCCUAGAGGUCCAGUAAGAGUCAUCUCUUAUUGAUCCAGUGUUACUACAGGAGAAAACCUAAACUAAACUAACUUUAUUUAUACUGGAUAGCUCUAUCAGUUCUAAACUGUUCUCCCUUGAGGUCCAGUAAGAGUCAUCUCUUAUUGAUCCAGUGUUACUACAGGAGAAAACCUAAACUAAACUAACUUUAUUUAUACUGGAUAGCUCUAUCAGUUCUAAACUGUUCUUCCUAGAGGUCCAGUAAGGAUAAUCUCUUAUUGAUCCAGUGUUACUACAGGAGAAAACCUAUUAAACUAAACUAACUUUAUUUAUACUGGAUAGCUCUAUCAGUUCUAAACUGUUCUUCCUAGAGGUCCAGUAAGGAUCAUCUCUUAUUGAUCCAGUGUUACUACAGGAGGAAACCUAAACUAAACUAACUUUAUUUAUACUGGAUAGCUCUAAGCCUCUAUCAGUUCUAAACUGUUCUCCCUAGAGGGCCACCCUUAUCAAUGCAAUGUUACUACUACAGGAGGAAACCUAAACUAAAUUUCGAUUUUAGUAUGUUCUCUCUAGCUGUGGUGAUUUAUUUGUAUCUCCUUGGCUAGUUUUAAAAUUAGUCUAUAAUGGGAAUUGUCUAUUUCCACAUACCGAAAUCCUUUAUCGAAUCAAUUUUAGGAGGAAUUAGAAGCGAAAGCCCCCAGAUUGUUAUUACGAAUCUCCAACGGUCAGAUCAAGCAACCACUCGAAUACGACAGUCCUGGAUCGGACAGCGAAACCGACACGAGAGUGGAGAAGCAUUGUGAAAUAUGUGGUGAAAUAGUGGAGACGGAACAUUUCCAACUUGCUGGCGAAAGAUAUUAUUGUAGCUAUGAAUGUUUGGAUGUGGACGCCAAGGAUUCUAGAGAUGAUAGCGAGAGUGGUGAGAACGACGUGUUUUAUACCAAGGUACGAUGUCGGGCAGGUAGACACGUAAAAUCUCGCAACUUGCCAACAAGAUGUGUUCACAACAGGCUUGUAGCAAGCUCGUCAACAAGUUGUAACAAUGCUGUUAUUUUAUCAAGUUGCUACAAGGUUGUCACUCACAAUGUGUUGACAAAUUGUUGAAUUUCAGGACGAUAACAAGUUGUUGGAACAACUUGUAACAAGUCUGUUGAGCUCAACAACCUUGUAGCGAGUUGUCAACAAGCCGUUGACAACUUGUCAAUAAGCGUGAACACAUCCUGUUGACAAGUUGUUGGAACAGCAUUGGUACAAGUCUGCUGCAGAUUUGUUACAACUUGUGCGUUUUUACGUCUGUAAUGAGAUACACAAGCAAAAAUCUCACAUUUUGUAGCAAGUCUGCCAAUAAGCCGUCAACAAGUUGUGUUCGCACUGCUUAUCCCAAGUUGUCAACAAGUAUGGAACAACUUGUUAACAACUUGUAACAACCUUGUUGAUAUUAUCAGACUUGUUGCAAGGUUACGUUGUUCCACCAAGUCCGAAACAGUCAUGAUGUAACAAUAUUGUUACAACCUUGUGUCGUCAAUGUUUUUUUUAUAAUGUUGCAAACGGGAGUCAAAUCCAAGACAUUUGGAUAGCACUAUAUAUAGCUGUUGCUAAUGCCGUAACAGAAAAUACUAUCAAAAAUUGAUGUUGUCUUGUUGGUUAUAUGUAGGAUGAUAAAGAUUAUAUAAUGGAAGACCAGAAAAGCAAUCGUGAAUUGAAAAGAUCAGGCUCGUCAGGUGAGAAAUUUUUAAUUCUGAUCGGCUGAAAGCAGUCCAGUGUUAUUGUAUUGCAAUACUAACAAGUAAUUUUCUGAUGUGUUUUUUUUUUACAGCUUCAGCCCAGGAACUAAUUGGGUGAGCACACUUUUUAAAUUGGUUGUUUAAAUAAUACACAAGUUGUGACAAAUCUGCAGCAGACUUGCAGUAAUGCUGUUCCAACAACUUGUCAACAGGAUGCGUUCGCACUGCUUGUUCCCAGCUUGUUGACAAAUUGUCAAUGGCUUGUUGACAACUUGCUACAAAGUUGUUCAGCUCAACAGACUUCUAACAAGUUGUUCCAACAACUUUGUUAUCGUCCUGCGAUUCAACAAUUUGUCAACAAUUUGUGAGUGACAACCUUGUAGCAACUUGAUAAAAUAACAGCAUUGUUACAACUUGUUGACGAGCUUGCUACAAGCCUGUUGCGAACACAUUUUGUUGACAACUUGUGAGAUUUUUACAUAUGUAGAUAAUAGACUAUAAUUCGUCAGUUUACGAAUCCUUCUUGUCUUUUCUUCAGCUGUGCCACGCCUGGUUGCGAUGGUAAAGGUCAUAUUAACGGAAAGUUUGCCACGCACAGAAGGUGAGUGAUUGAAUUAUUCCUUAAUUGAUUUCUAGCAUUUAUUCCAAAGUUUCGUUAAUUGAUUAAUUCCUGUAUUGAUAAAUUGAUCGAAUAAUUGAUACAAAACUGGUGAUCGCGAUUAGUUAUUUCAAAUGAAUAAACACUAUAUUAUAUAAUGAUUGUGAUCACUUUCACUGCUCCAGAAUUACGGUCUGGCAUGGUUCGGGAAUAUUCCGUAUAUUUGAUUAGAGAACAACUGUAAUUUUAUCGUAUCAAUAUUUUCUGAACAUUUUUACAGCAUUCAAGGCUGCCCGAACGUUCCCAAAGAUGAAGAAAGAAAAGGUAUGUUGUCUAAGUCAUUAUUUAGUCCUAUUCUAAUCCGUUUAGGAUAAAUUUAUUUGCUUCAACAUUAUGAAUGUAUUAGGGAAUAAAAGAAUAAAGUUUUCACACUGAGACUCAUCAGCUGGGUCAUCGUGAUUGAUGUAAAAUAGUCUGGAUCUAUCUUGUAUUCUGCAUAUGCUGGAUGUCAAUCUUUACUGAAUGCAGAGAUAUUUUGACACUAUAUUCCUUCGGCAACCUUUACAUCAUCGCGAUCGUCACAAUCACUGAUGAGAACCAAGAUAUAAUUAUAAACACUGACAAACAUUCUACAUUUUGUUUUAGCUCAACUCAACUCUGGGGAUCAGGAUGACAAGUAAGUUAAUCACAGGAAAUUAGGUUUCAAAUUUCAUAUAUAAAUGUUAAUAUAUAUUCUUAUACGUUAUUCUUCAUUCCAGAUCAUUUCGACACUUCUUCUCACGAUGUCCCACCAAAGGUUGUGAUGGUACUGGACACAAGUCCGGUCUCUAUGCCACGCACAGGAGGUAAUCUCGUGCGUCAUGAAGUAUGAUGGGUGCUUGCACGCAGUACCGUAGAGUAGUAGGGGGCUUUCUGUGUCAGCCUGUUCCAAGAAUUAGUGGAAACAAAAUCCCAUACCUGUUAGUAAGAAGAAUGAAUUCAUCUUGGCAAAUUUCAGUUGGGGAGGGCCGUUUUUCAUUUCAUUUUCAAAUUAUUCUGAUUCAAAAUGUUUGGAUCACUAUGAAGAUGAUCUUUUCAGUUUGGUCAGGACAAUUCUUUUCUUGACAUCAAUAGAAGGCUUUUCUACAGAUAUACUAAGUCUCAACUCACAGAGAGUAAUUCGACACAGUGAAGUAUGUAAAAAUGACAUACAUCGUUAAUCAUGGGGAAGGUUUUAAGAGGUUGCGCGUCACCUCAGAAAAUCCUGCACUUCUAGCAAGAACCAAGGUUAUGAAACGAAGCGAAAAAUGGCCAUUAUCAUUUUCUAAAAGAAACUCUCUAAUUUUUUCUGUAGUCUGUAUGGAUGUCCAAGAAGAACAGCGAAGAAAGGUACUGUACUUUUCUUUGACCACAAUGGCGGUUUUGAUCUGGAUCUGGUCGCUUUUGAUUACUAGUAUAUCAUUGUCAUUUAAUGAUUAUCCAUUUUUCUGUAAUUUUUAGGAUACAAUUUUGUCAUUGAAGGAGGCAGUUCAUUGAAGUAAGUUUAUGGUUUGCAGAUUCGAUUCCUGCCAGAAGGCCUACAGUUGUAUUUUUCGCAACUGCUCCUGGUUGUAAGAGUCCGAAAUUGCCAUUUAGAAAUCCUUUCUACAAUAAGUUUGUUAUUAGUGAGAGUUUCUUCUAAGAAUGACCUUUCAAUAUCAUUCUGACAAUUGUUUUACCUCAUUUCCCAGAUGUCCAGUUCCUGGUUGUGACAGUUCAGGCCACAGAACUGGUCUGUAUACUUCUCAUAGAAGGUAAGGUUUUUCAUCAUGUCUUAUUAGAAAGACGGGGUGCAUAUAUCACCUUGGGAAUAUAUUACACUUGGUGGAACAGUGUGCGACCGAGGUUUCAUUCUUGCAAAGCACGUUUCCGUGUUAAUUCAAGUUAAUUCAAGAAACCUGAUUAUUUUUUCUUCAGAGCAUCUGGUUGUCCUUUAGCAGCUGCAAGAAGACAAUAUGAACGACAGUUGUCACCUUCAGCGAGAACAAAACGAGGUGAACACUUAGACUUGUUUCAUUCAACAACCUGGGUUGAAUGUGCGAUUAUAAGAAAUACUGACGAUAUCCAAUGUGUUGAUAACCCACACUGAUAGCAGCUUUUCUGCAACUGAAAUUGUUAUCCUGUCAUAAAUAUGUUCAUCACUAUCAGCAUUAUCAUCAUUAUCAUCAUCAUCAUCACAAUCAUCAUCAGCAUCAUCAUCACCGUCACCUAAAAUUCCCCUUUUUCUUCAUCUUCUCCCGUCCAUUUUCCGUCUACGAUAUCUUUAAGAAACCUAAUCAAUAAAAACAAUAUGUUCAAUUCUUCUGAUUUUAUAAUUCAUCCCAAUCUCUUUUCUCCUAUGCUUUGAGAUAUUUGCAUGGUUAUAUGCGAAGAUUCAAUGAACAAAACUGGCAAACGUGGAGAGGAUUUUCCCUAGCAUUCCAAUCGUAUCACGAAUUUUUUUCCUGAUAUCUUGAAUGAACUUUACACCGUUACUGAAAUCAACUUUGAAAAGUCAUUUGGGAUGUUUAUCAAAGUCAUGAUAAGAGCUUUAUUAAUUAAACGACUAAUCCCGGUUAAGAGUGCCAGCCCAGCUCCAUAUGAACAGCCCAUUAGAAGCAUUCUUUUUUGGCAUAGCGAACUAAAGAUGUGUCGUUACAGGUCGUCGUCCCUCCAUCCUAAAGAUGGGUCAAGGUUUACUGCAAGACAGCCCGACCUCUCCUGACUCGGGCAUUUCAUCAGGUUCCAGUUUUGAAGAGAUCCACUCGGCCAAGAAGGACUUCAACACUGGCUCGCCCAAGGAGAAAGUUCACUUCACAUUUCCCCGACCGGCAGAAAACCUCCCAGGAAUUCCAUACCCUCCGACAAUGGUCCGAUCCAGUAAUAGUAUAGUCAGUUCUGCGUCUAGUGUCAUAACUGCAAAUACAGCUUCUAUGGUGUCCAAUACUGCCGUGUGGAAUGUUGCGUAUCCAAGUCAAGCUACCCCCACCGGGAUCGCGACUAGUGUAGUGCAAUCUCCACAUAUUAAUCAAGAAUCCAGGGGGGUGAAGUCAGACGAAGACGGGAAAGAUCUGAUGUGUUCUGAUGAGGAGUUUUCUGACGAAUCCAGCGGGUCUGAGGAAUUCAAUGAAGGUUUGUAUCACAUGCACUGAAUCGAUAUAAUUCGAUGUACGCAAUUUAUGCUGUACGAACUCAUCAUUUUUGUUACAUUUCAGUCAUUGUAUUUACACAAAUCCUAAUCUUAGAAUCUUUAUAGAAUUUCUUAAUUUGAAAAAAAAGAACGCUGCACCCACGAUUUUUGCACGAAACCCUCAAUAGAAAUUUGAUGGCCUUUUUCAAACUUCACUUUUUCAUACUUAACUGCAUGUUUUUCUUCUCAAAAUUAUACACCAAACCAUGCUAUUAUGCUACUUAUUUUCAUAUCGUUAACACGUUACUCUUUGUUACAUUUUAGAGCAACAGCGACAACUGAGGUAAGUUGAUGAUACUAUGUAUGUCUCGGUCUAAACACUUAAAAUGUUGGAGUUUUACCCAUAUACCUUAUAUACUAUCACUCCACUAAUGUAUGUAUAUAUACAUACAUGAACUUGUGAUUAGAGCUCGACAACUGUCUCUCUGUAGCUCAGAGCGCUGCACCGGAAUCACCGAGGGCUUACAAACAUAACAUCGUCUUCUUUAUACCAGCUCUUGUGGUGACGUGGUCACUACGCUUGCCUUUCAAGCUGGGAGACCCUUCGGGUCUCUAUUCAAGGUCUUAAAAUAAUUGAGGAGAAAGAGCUGCCUUUACAUUGUCUUUUCGGAAACUCAAUAAACGUUAUGUUAUUUCUGUAGCUUGCCAAUAUCAGUGAGGCGUGAAGUUUUAAUGACAGACAUUAAGAAGGAGCCUUCUGACCAUAUGCCACAAAACGAGUGCAACAAUAUGAUUGGAUUAUCACCCAAGGGGUAAUUAUGACCUGACAAAAUACGUGGUGUUUUCUCAGUAUAUUACAGUAUUACACUAGUCCAUACCAUCAAUCUAUUACAAUAUACAAUAAAAUGUUAAGCCUUAUUCUUCGUCAUUAAUAACACAAAAAAAUAUACAAUAAAUCACACAUUUUCACUAUUCUUUUUCAGAAUGCCCAGUACUUCAGCGGACAUUGGACCUCGGCUGACUGGUAAGACUUAAUCUGCAUUACGUAACUUUUUCUAUUUAAAAAUUACAAUGCAGUGGAAUGUAAUGUACUACAUUGUAAUACAAUACAAUGCAAUACAGUGGCAGUAGAAUGCAAUAUUUGGCACGUGUAGUACAUACUGAUUUUUAUUUCAUUUUCCCCCUUAGAACACACAGAAAUAAGGUAAGAAUUUCCAGUGUUUUUAAAAUUUAAAUAUGUAUUAAAAGUAUGGGUAAAGCGACUGUAAAUUCGAGGAAAUAUUGUAUUUGAAUGACGUCAUCAUCAUCACCAUGACGUCAUCAUCAUUUCCAUGAUGUCAUCAUCAUCAUUGUAUUUGUUUUCCAGAUGUCCCACAGUGGGAUGUGAUGGUACAGGUCACGUGACAGGACGUUUUGCCUCCCAUCGUAGGUGAGUGUAGGGUAUAUGGUUGUUCAUGCGUGCUGUCAGGCGCUAGUCGUAAAAUAUUUUACCUAAACUUCAAUCCUAUAGUUUAAAGAGUACUUUUGACGUAUUAACAAAUCAUUUGUUUAUCAGUCUUUCAGGCUGUCCACUUGCCCCCAAGGCUGCACCAGUCAAGGCUGAAACAGGUAAAUAUAUGAUAACAGAAAGCUGUGAUGUGAAAGGAUAUACAACUACCCAAAAAUAUAAGCAGAAUUUCGACGUUUUGAGCGAAGGCCCUUCGUCAGCCUGCGUGUCAGGCCUGUGGGUUAAUCUCUGAUGAUUGUGAUAACCCAUAAUUCAUAAAAGUCCAAAUGCGCCCUAUUUUGUUGUUUUCGUUAUCUAACAUCAGACAAUUUUACUCAUCCAGUAAUGGUCUCAAAGCUUUACAUAUGUUCAAUGCACAUAUGUUGGACAUUUGCUUAUACAACUAAGAAUACUUUAUCUUUUUUUUCUAUAGAAAGCAACAAUCCUGAGAAAGCAUUGUGAGUAUAUAAAAGCACUCCUUGCAUUGCGAUCCUCUCUUAAUAUAACUAUUAACAUAUUUUUUACGUUUUAUUACACAGAUGUCCGACACCUGGUUGCGAUGGCUCGGGUCAUGUGACAGGUCAAUUUCAGUCACACAGAAGGUAAAUAUACCAAAAAAAUGUAAUUGACAUCAUGUGCGAACAUGAUUUAUGACAUUAUAUUUCGAGGUAAACUGCGCACUUACAAUUAAUCUAAAUUAUCAUCAUCUUACCAACUAAUCAAUUUAUCAACUUACUACGGUACUAAUUAACUAAUCUUGUUAUUUGUGUAGUUUAUCCGGAUGUCCGCGCGUCUCGGUUGAAACCAAGAAAGAACUGAUGCGACGCGAAGUGGAAAUCAAGCUAGCAUGUGGUGAUAAUGCUCCUGAAGUUGGUCCUAAACCUAUCAAAAUGCAAGCUGGACAACGUAAGUUCAAUUAUGAAUUAUCCGUUACACAUCGUUGAGGUACUGAUAUUACCAUACUCUUAUUACCAUAAGAAACGUUGAACGAAGAUACUCCAUGCCAUUGACCCCUUACAGACCAGAUGGUGGUCAAUUUUAAAAAGGAUGAAAAACCUUCGAAAACAUAAUUUCAAUUCAAAACAUCACAGAAACGUUUUUACUGUAAAUCUGCCUUUACCAAAAAUAGAGACGGUUCAAACAAUGCAAUGAUACGUUGGGGAUAGGUUAUAAUUAACACGUUGGUUUCAACCAAGGGACCUCGAAUAAAUUUUUCUUUGAUUGAACACUAAGUAUAUACUAAUUAAUUCUAAUUGUACGCUAAUUAUUAUCUCACGCUAAUUACCUAUUACGUAUUCUAAUAACAUCUGAUACAUACAUACAAGGUGUUCCAACCCCCAAACUAUUGAAAUAACGUAUUGUUAAAAUUUGAAUGCCCUAGCACUAAGUUGACUUAUAAAGAAAUUAAAAUAUGUUUGUAUUAUUAUGUUUGUAUAAAAUAUACGAUUUUCUGUUCUUGUGAAUUUAAAGCAGUUCUUUAUGCAUAAAAUUUACUUAUGUAAAGCUUUUAUACACUUGUGGGUUCAACAUAGUGCCAAGGCAUUCAAAUUCUAACAAUACGUUAUUUCAAUAGUUUCGGGUUUUUUGGGACACCCUGUUUAAUUACUGUAAUUAUUACUUAAAUUAUAAGCAUGCUAAUUAGUAUGCUAAUUAGCACUAAUUAGACAAUUGUUGGUAAUUAUCAGAAUGCUACAUCACACGAAUAGAGCGUUAAUGAUUUCUUAUCUCCUUAUACAGACAUCGACAAAGUGCGAGAAAUCGAAAAUUUAGACAAAGAAAUUCGCAUACUCCAGGCGACGAAUGAUCAAUGUACGAAAGAAAACUUUGAGCUCGGAAGAUCCGUUUCAGAGAUGGAAAAUCAAUUGAAAUCAAGCGAAGAUGAAAUGAACGAGGCCCAGACAAGUCAUGGUAUUACACGCACUAAACUAGUCGUACUACAAACUAAAUUCAUUGCCAGUUUAUCAAGUGUCAUCCAUAAUAUUAGCGGAGGCGGUAACCUGAAUUACGACACAUUUGAAAGCUGUAUGGAGCUACUCAGUGAGCUGUUUUCUCAACCACAACAGAACGCGGUUGCUAUACGCCAAGUCAAGGAAGCAUUGAGUGAUUUUAAUAUUUAGAUGUUUUAUUCGGUUUUAUCCUUUUUGAAUAGAGGCAAACUCAGGACAUUUAAAAACCGUACGGUUAAUUAGCUCGGUCGAUCACAUUGAACUCGGCUGAUCGACACAUUUUUAGCGAUUGUUCUAGACAAUUAGUUCAACAGCAUUAAUCACAGAAGAGAAUUGUUUGCAUAGCAAAUGAAGUUUAACGAGUGAAAAAUAAAUUUCAAGUUGCUAUGGAAUCACGUCUCUUCAUGAGUUUACGUAUUAAUAUAGAAGUAGUUUCACAGAAUAGCGUACUCAUUUAACAGGUGGGCGAUGGUCAAUACAUUAAACUGUACAAAUACGAUAUAACCAUAUAAACUUUUCCAAAUUAACUACGGUUCAAAUGCAGAUAUGAUGACAAUGAGUGAAAGGGGUGGACGACAGCGAGUUUACAAGAUAGCUCCAAACUUAAACUUGGAGUUUGCUUCAGUGUUCCACCACAAUCCGUAUCGUAGCAUUUUCUUUUGUGUAUAGAAGUCCUUAGUUCCACUCCAGUGCUCAGGAAAUAAUUAAAUACGCUUCGGUACGAUAUGGUUGAAGUGGAAAAUGGUUUUUAUGAUUGGAGUAGGGGUUUUAGGAUUGUUUCAAGUGAUUGCUUGUUGAGUUCUUCAACAAUUGUUGUGAAAACAAGCCGCUAUCUUGAAAAUCUCCCUUUCGUCCAUCCCUUUUAGCAAUGAGUCAGAGACCUCAGAAUUGAUCGACUUUGACAAUCGAUGACGGACAACCACCUUUCACGAAACGCCACUUUCGCGCUCUCGUUACAAUCAAUCCAGCAAAUAUGAAAAUGAUCAUGAAUUUUGGACAUCUUUGCGCGAUAUAAAAUUGAAUUUAGACGAGUGUGUAGUUGUAGACCUAAACGUGACGAAUGUUUGCUUGGCCUGGGAGCCUUGCUCUCAUGAACGAAGACGAAAGGCAAUUCGUUCAUGGUUCAUGUGAAAUGGGGCUUCCUAGACUAGAGAGAUCGGCGAUGUAAUAGACUACUAAUUUGGCUACAUCGAUGCCAAGUUACAACUUUAGAGAACACACAUGCCUAGGUAUUACUGUUCUAGUUACAAGGCAUAGAAUAGAACAAAGGUGACUAAGGAUUAUAAUUAUGUACAACAGUUAUUCAUGUAGACAUUACACCCUUUCACAACUACACGGUUUUCAACUUAGGACCACCUUAAAUGGAAAGGAUUUCAAGUUUUUUCCUCAUGGGCUAUGGUCAGAGAAGCAGAACAUCCUUCUUCAACACAUGCAUGAACAAAAUUGUGGAUUUUGAUCAAUAAAUAUGGAAAUAAUAAAUAUGAAGGAUGUUCUGCUUCUCUGUGCAUAGCCCAUGAGAAAAAAACUUGAAAUCCUUUCCAUUUAAGGUGGUCUUAAGUUGAAAACAGUAUAGUUGUGACGUAAUUAUAGAUAAAGGGUGUAUUCUGUAAAGCUUAGGCCUGUUUCAUACGUCGAAUUUCGGUCGCGUCGAUAGCAAUUCAAACAAUAGAUAAUGAAGCUUAUCUCAUUAUCUAUUGUCUUAAUUACAUUCGACGCGACCAAAAUUCGACGUAUGAAACAGGCCUUGGUUACCUUGUUUUAUUCUAUGCUAUUGGAACAAUAGUAACUAGGCGAGUUGUGAAUUGGGUACAAAUAAACCUCAUCCAAAUUUGUAAUUUUUACCAAAUUACCAUUGGUUGUCUAGUUGAUGAAAUCAAUUGUUACGAUUUAAUUUAUUCAAUACGAUCAAUCGAUGUGAUCAAUUAAUCCGUGUCUAACGGAUAGAGAAAGAAAUCUGGUCGGUACCUACCUAUAUGAACAGGCUUUGCGAUUGGUUGAUCGUAACAAUAAAAGACAAACUUUAGAAGUCGUAUGUCUGAAGAACCAAUUUUAAACAAUGAUCACGUUUCGGAAAACCAAUUACAAAGUGUGUUCAUAUUACUGAAGUUGGUGCAUACCGAUCAAAUCGCAUUGUCACAUGUAUGUAUGUAAUUAGUCUUAGAUUAUAAAACUUUACAUCGGUUGAAAUUGAUAUUUCAAUACGGAAUACGGACAAUGUGAAAAUGUUUUCGCACACAGAAACAAAACUAUUUAUGACAGUUAGGUUAAACAGUAGUGAACUCUUUAAUCUACUGCUAUCUUUGUAAAAAUCUCACGACAUUAAACAUACAAAGCCUUCGACCUGUCAUGUAAAGUAAAUUUUAAAUAUAUAUAUACGUAUUGUUAGCAUGCGUUUUAGCAUGUGUAAAGCCAAUUGGCAAUUUUAUUCUAAUAAACAUAUUCUACAAGGG